AUGGCACAGGACAAGGCUGAAAAGAAGCGCAAGAGAGACUCCGACAGGCACGAGUGGCCGAGCAAGAAGCCCGCUCUCGAGCCGCAGAACCUGCCGCCGCUGGCAGCAAGUGUGGUUGAAGAUGACAGCGAGUUGGCUCCGGUGUUAGUCAAUACACCCGGCUUGCAAUGCCCAAAGAAACUGAAUCUCCAUCCCUAUCUCAAGCCGCGCAACUCUGGAUCGCUAUCCUCGUCUGGGAGGAACAAAGGGAUCGUCUCUACGGAGCUGCUGCUGCAGUCGUCAGAACACCCUAAGCUCGACUUCCUGGGUCGCGAAGCCGACGAUGAUGCCGACUCCCAGCUGAAGCACUACAUCGCCGUCGUCGACCCCGAACGCAAGACAUGGCAAUUCGUCGAGGUGCGGAAGAUGACCCUGCGAGGGAGCGUGAGGAGGUUGAAGCGGGAUAAAGAUGCCGAUGAGGAUGCGGUCAGUGAGCAGGAGGAGAAAGAGGAGGAUGGUGCUACGACUUCGAUACGGGAACAGCGCAACGAUUUGACGUACACCUUCGGUACGAAGGCAUCUCGCAAGGCAGCGCAGUCCAUCGCAGAGAAUGCCCUCCUGUCCAAUGCACCCGCUGGCGCCGCCAAUGCGGCCGAAUCGGCCAUCUUGUCGUCGAUACCGGCUGAGGCGAUUGAGGAGGCAUCCACCAAGAAGGAGACUCUCCAGGCCGAAAUCCAGGCGGCGAAGCCAGUUCCUACCGCGAAUACGUCGGCGUCGCACCCGUCGGACGUCUAUCCGAUCGAUGUCCUCGUGCCUAACGGGCUGUCGACUCUGCGCCAGCUACCGGUCAAGGAUUGGCAGGAUGCGGUGGAGGCCGGAAACGCCAUCACCACGACAUCCCGAUACGUGGCCCACCGGGUCGAAGCGGUGGUCAAGUCGGGCAACACGACGCAGUUGCAGAUUCUGCGGUUCAUCUUGAUUCUGCUCGAGUUUGCGCGCGGUCUGCGCCGUGGCAAGCCGACCGAUCCCCCGGGCAGCAAGCGACUUCCGCCGCGAGAAGACCUGCGACGGAUUCUAUCUUCGUCGCCGUCGUCUUCGUCUCAGCUGUCGGACCCGGUCAUCGACACCAUCCGUCGCAAGUUCGCUCCUCAGGGGACGGUGGUCAGUAGAACGGACGUCACGUUCCUUCACACGACCAUCUGCGCGCUGUCCCUGCACAUACCGCCCACACCGGCCCGCGACGGCGGCUCGAGCUCGCUGGGGGGCAAUGCGCCGAACGAGCUGGCCACGGACCCGGCGGACCUGCGCGACGACCUCCGACUCGACAAUCCCACGAUCAUGCAGUACUUCCGCGAGCUGGGGUGCCGCAUCGACAAGCCACGCGAGACAGAAUUCGCCAAAUGGGGUAUCAAGGGCGGCAAGGUCGAGGCGGCGUCUCGACGGAUUGCUCGAUUGCGGUUGCCAUUACAAUUUCCCAAGGUCAGUCGUGGUGGUGGAGGUGGUGGUGGAAGACGAUAG